GUGUAAUCGAAACUCCUCAAAAAUCUCUCAAGUUAAUGCGCGAGGCUGAAGUUGUUCGGAUUUCUAGCAGUUUUGUCUUUCGUUACUAGAAUUCAGUGUUAUCAUUCCACGUUGACGGUUAUCACUUGUGAUAGUGUAACAAGAUUGGCCCCCAAAUUUGUUUCUUCCCCGUGUUUACCUCUGAAGUUCUUUGCAGCGUUCGGAACUGAAUUUCGCAUCAGUGGUCUAAUUGAAUUACAUUUUCGUUUACCCUACUUUCUCUACUCGCUACGUGAAGCAUUAACCCUUUGUAAUACUUUAAUUGUUGACUUGUUGUAAAACACCGCAAUGCCCGCGCCAUCUAAUCCAGAUGGCCCGCCGGCGCCAGAGCCGCCCCGGACGGAGCUCCAGGAGCUCCAAAUGCGAGCAGGACAAGUCACAGAUGAAUCCCUGGAAAGCACAAGGCGGAUGCUGGCACUAUGUGAAGAGAGUAAGGAAGCCGGUAUUCGAACACUCGUUGCCCUGGAUGACCAGGGAGAACAACUGGAUCGAAUUGAGGAAGGAAUGGACCAGAUCAACGCAGACAUGCGGGAGGCUGAAAAAAAUCUCACAGGCAUGGAAAAAUGUUGUGGGCUUUGUGUUCUGCCGUGUAACAAGUCAGCAUCUUUCAAAGAAGACGAAGGAACCUGGAAAGGAAACGAUGAUGGCAAAGUUGUUAAUAAUCAGCCACAAAGGGUAAUGGAUGAGAGAAAUGGCCUUGGACCUCAAGGUGGUUAUAUCGCAAAGAUUACUAAUGAUGACAGGGAGAAUGAAAUGGAAGAAAAUAUGGGUCAAGUGAACACAAUGAUUGGAAAUCUUCGAAACAUGGCAAUUGAUAUGGGAUCUGAACUUGAAAACCAGAAUAGGCAAAUUGAUCGUAUUAACCGCAAGGGAGAAUCCAAUGAAACAAGGAUAUCGGUAGCAAAUCAGAGAGCGCACGAGUUGUUGAAAUGAAUUGUCUUUAUUUACAUCCCAGGUCGAGAAACUGGGUUCUGUUAUGGUACGCUGUGGUUUGUAUUCAGAAUGGCUGCUGACAGCUUCACAAAAUCAAUUAUGAUAUUAUUUCUAAUGUAAAAAAAAAAAAAAAAAAUAAAAAAUCAAACAUUUAGAAUAUUUUAUGUAUCUGAUUAAAGAAGUCAUUUUUGCAUGCACCAUUUGUACACAAUUAUUUAUCAGUAAAAUGUAAGCUUCAAUCUAUCUUGGCUUGCUGUUUACACCUUCCUGGCUUUUGAGAUAACUUCCAUGGCCACUCAUAUCCCAAAUCAGUUUGCUUUAAACUCUAAAUUGAUUGUCUCAAUGGUUGAGUAGACUUUUUGCGGCUCAUAUAAAAUGGUAGUUAUCAGAAAUAAAUUGCAAGAAUAAAUCUGUAAAGUUUGUUGUAUGCGAUUUAUAUUCUUUUGUCAGUGAUUCGUUAGCAGACCAAAAAUGCGCAGCUGAUUGCCAGUCCGUUGCUUUGUUUACUUUCAUUGCUCUCUCAAACAAUGUCCUUUUUAUAUGUAUAUUUCAUUUCUUUUGCAACUAAUGAUCUGAUUCGAAUCUAAUGCCUCAAGGUUGGCUGUCUAGAUAUAGCAUCUCUAAAGAAAGAAAGAAGAAUAAAAACAAAAAAAAACUUGAUUAAAUAUUUCGAUUCCUUCCAAAAAAACGGUUUUUGUUUUUUCAGUUUUUUUAUUGUCGUUCUUUCGAAUCAUACAAAUCGUUUUUUCUUCCAUUUAUCGCGUUUCAGCUCUUUUACUUGACUUGAUCUGUUUUUAUCUUCUCACUUGGUGACCUGUUACUCAAUUUUUAAAAGUAGUCAGCUGUAGAUGAUAUUUCUAAAAAUCUCUGUAAACCAUCUUUGAAUUCUGAUGUAUUUCUUGAUCGUUGUUGUAAAGAAAGCUCCAAAGCUCAGUUUACAAAAUGGUGGCUUCAACACUAGAGACUCAAUUAGAAUUUUGGUCCAAUCCAGAAGGCUAGAUUUUCAAAACAGAAGGAUGCUUUUCUCUUUUUGGGGGAGCUUCAGCCUGAAUGCAAAAGUUAGAAUGAUGUACUUUUUGUCGCAAUCAAAGUGGAUCAUUUAAUUUGAAACACUUAAGCGCAGAGGUAUGAAAGAGACCACAAUCUCUGAGUCAUCUGAAUCAGGAACUCAUGGUGAACCUUAAUAACUCAGAAAGUGUGCUUGGAACUCACAAGGAUCAUGAAAUAUCCAGGUGCUCCUGCAAACUUUUUUACCCUCUGGAAAGAUCUUUUUAAAAAUCUGUACCUUGAAGUAAAAUACUGUAGUAGCCAAUCUCAAACAUUUUCUGUUUAUUAUUUUUGAGUUCACCCAGUGGACGCAAGUUUUUGUAAAUAAAUGUAGGUAUACAAAAUAAUUUAAAAGGAUAAAAGGAAAUAAAAUAGAAAACUGAGUUGGAAACAUUCUCCCUCUUGUGCUAAUCAUGUUACCAUCAUGUUUACUAUCGUUAAUAUUACUUCAAAUGUAAUACAUCCCUCUUUUUCUUGUUAUUGUUGUUGUUAUUACUAUGUUAACUAUUGCGAAGAUCAUUGCAUUAUAUUAGUUUUUAGUCUCUACAGUAGAGGGCUAAAAAUGCAGAUUACCCACAUUUCUUGCAAGAUAUUUGGGAGCAGUGCGCAAACAAAUUUUCCUCCAUUUUUCAUGCAACUUAUCUAGCUGAAAAAAGUACACAAAUGAUAAAGUACAUUUUGAAAUCGUCAGUAGCAUUGCCAAACUUUUUUUUGAUCCAGUGCAAAAAUUCUCCUUUCCAUUCUAAGGAAAAAAAAGCAGAAAAAUUGUAUGCUUUACUGACAGUGCAAUUGUCGAUCUUCGUUAAGACUCUUAAACUUUCUGAUUAUUCUCACACUAAAAUUAGUUUCCCAUCUGAAUCUAAAAUGAAAAGGUUUUUGUUUUACAAUAAAAAUAAAAAAUCAAUCAGAUGGAUUAGGUCUCUAUUGCCCUCAAAAAUCCUUUGAAAAAGGCUCUCAUUAUCCAUGAAAUUUCUCUGGGAAUAGAUUGUGUUAUGUAUCUUGUAAGUUCCACUUUUCUUCAAUAGACUGAUUUAGUUGGUAUGCCGCUCUUGCAAUAUGCAACUUAUCGAUUUGCUGCAAUUAUGAUACAUUGUAUAAUUGAUUUGUUAUGGUUCAAACCAAAACAGUAAGACAUAACCUCAUGUCUAAUUUCUGUUUUAGUGAACUGUGUUAAUUCACCAUAAUUCUGUUAAUGAGUUAUGAAUAAAUUUACGAUCAUUGAACUCAAAAAAUUUUGAUUGCAAGAAACACUCAGACGCAUUUUAUCACCAUUGCACAAACAUUAGGUGUCUUUUCACAUUUGAACCAUCACAACUGCGAUAUAAAGCUAUGACAUAGCCACUAAAUCAGUGUAUUAAGAAGUCCUCAACUGUGUCUCCUUUGUCAAUUCACUGUUCAAGGUCUUGUCACAAACAUACACCUCAAAUAAAGUGGGAUCCUUGAGAACAUUUUUAGAGCAAGAAAAACUUACAUUAAUUGAAAAUUUUUAGCAUUCUACUGUUGUAUUAAGUUUAUGAAAAAAAAUAAGUUAAAAAAAAAACAAACAAAAAAAAACAAAAAAAUGUAAAAGAUUUGAUAAGCUAUGGAUGAAGCUAAUCAUUGCAAGGAGAAGGGGUAUCAUUGUAAAUAAUUCUGUAACAUUAUCCUGAUUUAAAUAUGUACUUUUAUUAUUAUUAUUAAGUUAAUUAUUACGCUUAAGUGCUAAAAUUAAUUGUAUGUAAGAUAUAGAGAAAGAUAAGUUUCCUGAGGCAGUUUUCUCAUAGUAUCUCCUCGUGCUCUUAGUAGUUUCAUCGUAAAAAGCAAGGCAAUGUUUGAAUUUGAGAUUCAUCUUACAAGCCCCUUUUUUUUACUAUAAAAAUUAUUUCUUUCCUGUAUGUAUUUAAAGUGUAUGAAAAAAAGAAAGUUAGUAUCUCGCAUCACAAUAUCUCCUAAUUUUUUCUCCCCGCACAGAAAUAAAUUGCAGAUCUCUGUCUUUUUCCUCCUAUCGACUCUUCAAUAAAAGAAUUCUUAGGAAAAACGAAAGGCAAAUGAAAUGAUUAGGCCGUAAUCCACUGCUACAUUAAGAGGUAGGUUGUUGCUUGGGUUCUUUCAUGAAAUGUCAAUGUUCGAACAAUCUAAUUUAUAAUUCUCCCGUUUUUCUCCUCACUCAGCAAAUAUCAUAUCACCCAAUUUUCCUGAAUUGAAGCAGUUCCGUAUGCUUUUCCAUCUUAACUAUUCAGAAUGUUUAAAUUUAACUUAGUAAACUCCCAAUCAUUCUAACCAAUUGGGGCUGGGCUAUGCUGAUUCGGAUCAUCGUAAAGAUAAGAUAAGGGAUUGAACACCAAUACCGAUUUUUCGGAGCUUCUCCCUAAAAUUUACCCCACCCCCCUCUCUCCAUAAUUCUCACCCUUCAAUGACCAAGAUUUUUGUGAAACUUGGUUUCAAUGAGUACCCUUUCCGUUGAACUUGAAAGGCAACAUUCAUAACUAUGAGGAUCGUUCAGAAAGUAAGGUUCUACAUUAUUUUUUUCACGAAGUGGCCUAAAAUAUUUUUGUGAGACGAAAUCGUUGAGGGAGAAACUGCACUCAGUAAAUGAAUCUUGUUGGCAAACUUGACUGCCUUACUGUAUUUUGUAAAGUGAUCAGAAUUUUUUCUCUAGCUUCCUUUCUUUUGAGUUAAGUUUCUACCAUCGAGAACGAUUUUAUUUUAUUUUUCUUAUCAUCUCAUUUAUUGCUAAUAAUUUUCUUCAUGUAUUUAUUUACCUAUUUACUAUGUGCAAUUGGUAUCAGUAUUUGCAUAGGAAUUGAGAAACAGACGACCAGUUAUCUGUCAAUACUUCAAUUAUUUCGCUAACUUGUUUUACAUUCGUAAGAAGAAUAUUAAUUUUUUUGACACAAACCUUUUCCUUUCUUCUUCUUCUUUUUCUUCUUUUUUUCAAUUGUGAAGCUCUGAAACCUCUCAAAUUGCGGGGUAUAUCAUAAGCCUUAAGUCACCAUCAGGAAGUGGUAUUGAAAGUGGCAGAACAAGGAAAUUUUUAAGGAAAAACAAAAAGUAACCAAAAUGAUGAAGCUUCCAGCAUUUUGUAAGAUAAAAAAAUGAUUUGGUGUAUCUCCCUGAGUAGUUGAUGUUCGAACUAUCCAAAUUAUCUAAUAUUUUCAUAUUGCCUGACUGUGACUUGUUCUCUACUUUAUAGCCUUGUAACUCCGUCUUUGAGCGCAGAAAUAGUGUGACCUCUAUUUUGAGCAGUUAUAGUACACAUUCUGUUGUUAGAGAUAAAUCUGAGCAAAACUUUUAAAAUUACAUUUGGCAAUUGAAAUCAUUCCAAAUCUUUAAGCGUUCCAAUGUUUAGCAAGGAAGUUUUUUCGCCUCAAAUCAAAAAAUCCUUUGAAAUGUUUGUCACAUUUUUAUUUUGAGGAAAACGCAAAUUUUAUGUACAUCACUUUACGAUGAAACAUGUUGACUUCUUAAAAUUCAUCUCGCUUAAGCAGGUUUUUUUAGCAAUUCAUUUAUUCAAUAUUUGUCAUUUUCUGUUGUUGAAAUGUUACACCUUUUCUAUUAUAAAAAGAACACCUAAAACCAAUAAUUUCUUUCAACUAUUAGGUACUCAUACUCUCCAAGCAAUAGACGAUAAUACAUAUUCCAUUGAGAUGAUAAUUUUAUUGAAUUACUUACUGAAUUGAAAAAAAAAUAUUAUGAAUUAAAUCUGAACUUGGAGAUUUUCAUUUUUUUAAGACCGAACUGUUUAGAACAUCUUUGAAUCCUUGUUACUUUUCUGAGGAAUUUUAAAUGGUUGCUCAGCACCUAUGAGAAGACUCAGUUUUCAUUUGUAUUUGGCCUUUACUGAAUGUUGAUGGUUUAUAAGAUUCAGUGUGAAUCAACAUCUUCAGAGCAGAAAAGCCUUUGAAAUUUAACAAGAUCCUUCGAAAUAAGAGUGUUUAUAUUUAAUCUACAACUGCAGGGUGAUGGCCUUUAAUGAGUGAGGAAGGAUUAUGCCUCUGAAGAAAGGGUUCUUAGUCCUAACUUUGAACACAAUGACUCCUUUUUACCCCGGUAUUUUAUUUAUGUCCUGUACCAAGAAGGUCUCAUGCAUAAGGUUUGUAAAUGAAUUAAUCUAAAUUUGGUUCUUGGUGCAAAUUUUCUUGUGUGGGGUAUUAUGAGAAAAAAGGAGAAAUCAAGGAAUUGCCAAAAUCUGCUAUUCAUCAGUGAUUUAAAACAGCAUCUUAAAAAUUUCAACAAGUUUUUAUCCGGCUACUAACUCUGCAAAAGCCUGGAAAAAGUCUACUUAGAAGGGAUAGUAUUAAAAACAGAUUAUGUGCCUCCUUAAGUUCAGUGAGAUUUUAUGUCAGUGUUGUGAUCCUACACUUGAGGGCAGAGUAAGAUCAUCUUUAAGCAAUAAAUACUUACAUGAUAUUUAAUUUUUUUGUGAUACCGCAAUUUUGAAUUUGUUUGCGUAAGUAGUUGUUUUCUGCCCCUUGAGACUAGAAUAUUAUUUAAGACAUAGUUGUUGAAGAUUUUGUUUAACCUAGCUUUUAUAGCCCAAAUUUACGAAAAUUGCAUUUUUGUCCUUGAAUUAAGUAUAGCGUGAAUCGUCUUGUUUUCAGUCAAAGCUUUAUUUUUUGUUCAGGUUACGACUCUAUUUUGUUUCUUAGUAAAAUUCUUUGAGUGAAAUUUUAUCAUUGACAGUAUUCCUGUCAAAAACUCUUCUACAAUUAACUGUUCUAUUUUAAGACGGUAGACAUAGUUAAUUUAGCGACAGGUAUUUAGGAGUAUUCCUAGUAAUUAAUUUGACUACCUAUUGAAAAAUGACUUUAUUUAUGUAUUUUAUUUUUUACAAAUUGAUUUAUUUCCAAUUGAUUCCUUUGAUUAAAGGUUCAGUUUAUUCCAGUUA